CUGUACUUCCGGAGGUGUUGUUGGGCAUUCAUGAAUCCCUAAAGGAUGUAACGACCAGUCGCCUAAUGGUGAUGAAACAACAAGAGGGAUGAUACUUAAACCAUCAAGCAGUGAAUUCAAUGUUACAUAUAUUUUUUUAUAAUCUACAGUUGAUAUAAAAUGAAAUUACUAUGAUUGAGAAACAUCUCAAAUACACGGACACAUAAAUUGAUUAGACACAGGAGAUGGAAUGUGACUUGAGUGACACUGAUGUCAACAGUGAUAUGGAUGACUUACCAGAUCUUGAUGAUCCACAAAUUGUGGCUGGAUCGGCUCGCCAUAUUCACUGUUUAUCCGAUAGCUCUGACUCGGAUGAAGUUAGUCAUAAGCCUUUGCACAUUCCACUGAAAGAACGGGUUCUGAAUUGCCAGAAUAAAAAAUCAACUAACAAUGCUCAUGACUUUUCUGAUGGAUCAGAUAUUGAAAUUGUAGGAUAUAAAGCCAAGCGUGAUCUUGCCCAUAGUCCAGUUGCUAUAAGUGAUGAGUCAAAUGACAGUUGUGUUGUGAGAUGCCACAGCCCUAGUAGUGACAAUGAUUUGGAGCAUCAACCUUUGUCCAACCUCACCAGGAGGGCAUCCAUGUCCCCUUGUACUCCUUCAGUUCACUCUACUGAUCACAUUGUUAGUGAUCAGGGUGAACCUGGAACUUUGAUUUCCAGAUAUACACAGCCUUCCCUACCUCAGACCUCUUUGUCAGCCAUCACCUGUAAGCAAAACUCAAGGAAAAGAACUGCAGAGGAAAUCCUGGAAAGGAAAAAACAAGCACAGAUGAAACGAGAUGCUAAGGAAAAACAGAAGUUAGAAAGACAGAAAUCAAAAGAGGAGAAACAGGUAGAGAAGGAGAGAGCAGCACUAAUGAGAAAUAUAGAGAGAGACAGAAAAAAACAGUAUGGUCUGCUGAAGGACUGUCUCAGUUUUAUGAAGGUUGUCCUGGACACUCAUCUCGUCAAUGACCUUGGCCUUGGUGCGAGCAUCUUUAAAAGCUGUGAGUCCCUUGGAGUACAAUGUGUGGCUGAGCCCCAAAUCACUCCCUUCACCAUUACCUGGCAAAGGACUGUCACAGAGUGUGAGAUUACCGAAGGAAAAGUGAAUACAUGGACAAGACAGAUGGUGGAAGAUAAUGUUCUUACCCUUAUACCUACAUCAGACUUUGUCCACUUUGUGGAAAAUUUCAAACAGGUACAGAUGGAAGAAGACCGAGGGCAGACAACUCUGAAGCAAUACAUACAUACCUUACAACAGCAUUAUCAAGAGAAGAAUAUAACUGCAGUUGUCCUAGGGAUGGAGAAAUAUUUCAGGGAUCAGAAAACAGCCAUACAGAGGAAACACAAGGAGGCAGUGCGCUCUAUGGAGCAGAGAGAACCCUCCCGACCGAAGAAAACGAAGACAGGGGAGACAACUACUGUGGUGUCUAGAAUGGAUGUUGAGGAGGCAAUCAUUGAAACCCAGCUGCAGACAGGAACCAUGGUACACCUGAUUGAAACCAAUGAAGAGUUUGCAGACAUGGUAAAAACAUUCACCAAGGCUGUUGCUGAAAAACCUGCGAAGAAGGACAGACUGGAGAGUGUAUUCUCCUUUCAUGAGGAUGGAACAACUGGUGUCAGAGUAGACAAGUCUGGUCAUGGUCUUCUCAAAGUCUGGAAACAACAGCUCCUCCAGUUUAAGAAUAUCAGUCCAGACAUAGCAGAUGCAGUUCUAGCUGAAUAUCCUUCUCCUCGCCUUCUGUAUAAGGCAUUGUCAGAAUGUACAGAUGAGACCAGUGCCUCUCGACUUUUAGAGAACAUUGUGGUGAGACGUGGAACAGGUGUGCUUGGAACAACCCGUCGAAUUGGCAAAGAAAUGUCUCGUAGAAUAUACCUGUUUCUGAUGAGCAGAAACCCAAAUGUCAUCAUCAAAUAAUAAAUAUAUUUAAUUAAGGUGUUACAUGUUAAUGACUAUGCAUGCAAGUAUUACAUACUCAAUUGGUGCAAAUGAAAACUGUAUCCAUUUAAACUUAUGUUUCAUUUAUUUAUGAAAAAACAACAAAGUAACAACAACAAUUUACUGAGAUAUUAACUCCUACAAAAUUGAAUACCAAAAAGUAAAAAUAAACUUAAAACAUUUCUAUUUCUACUGCACAAUGUGUGUAGUUUCUUUCUACAGAUAAUCUUGUAGCUUAUAAACAGUCUAUAGAAAUGAUACCAUAACUACCUUUUAAUUUGCUAUUGCACCUACCUAUUGCAAUUUCCAUUUACCAGUAACGUGAUGUACUUAACACAGGAAUAUACAGUGUUCUAAUUUACUUAAAAUAUGAUACAUUUUUUGUAUUUGUUCUUUGUAAGGUGAUUAUCUUGACUAAUGAUGAAUUAGAUGAAAUAAUUUUAUACAUGGAUCUAAAUUGUUUUCACACUAACCAUUGAAAAACAUUGUACAUAUAUGUAAACAUAACAAUGUAAUUUAGAAAAUAAAGUGUUGAAUUUCA